GUUCCGGUGUAGCCGGGCGCUGCCGAGAUCUAGGCAACUGGCCUGAGACUCCUGUGUAGUGUUUGGGGGGCCGCAUGACGUCAGUGGCCGACCCGUGACGUGACGCGGGUGGGUCAACUCAAUGACGUCUAAAGAGACUGUAUAGGCUGUGAGCAGUUAGGCCGUCUCGCCAUGGAUGGGAAGGAUCCAUCUGAGGUGAGACUUCCGACUCCAGGGGCCGAGAGUGACAGCCACCCGGAGCUGGGGGAGCGCGGAGACAACACCCCUGACGCCAAGAGACAGAACGAGAGUGCCGGUGACGUAAAAAGAGAGGAAGGGGAGCCGGAGGAAGAAUUAGAUCCCAGAAUACAGGAGGAGUUGGAACGCCUGAACCAGGCAAGCGAGGAGAUCAACCAGCUGGAGCUACAGUUGGAUGAUGCCCGCACGGCAUACAGGCGGAUACUCACUGAGUCUGCGAGGCGACUCAACGCUCUAGCCACUCAGCUUGGAGCGUGCAUAGAAAAGGCCAGGCCGUACUAUGAAGCUAGGCGACUGGCCAAGGAGGCUCAGCAGGACACGCACAGCGCAGCCCUGCGGUACGAGAGGGCAGUCAGUAUGCAUUCUGCCGCCCGGGAGAUGGUGUUUGUAGCCGAACAGGGAGUCACCGCAGAUAAAAACAGACUGGAUCCAACGUGGCAAGAAAUGCUGAACCAUGCAACAUGCAAAGUGAAUGAAGCGGAAGAGGAGCGGCUGCGCAGCGAGUUUGAGCAUCAGCGAGUGACCCGUCAGUGUCACGAGGCCGAAGCUCGAGUGCAGACUUUACAGAAGAGCCUGAGACGCGUCAUCAUCAAAAGUCGCCCCUACUUCGAGCUGAAGGUCCAGUUCAACACGGUGCUAGAGGAGCACAAAGCUCGUGUCACUUCUCUGGAGGCUUCUGUGGCCCAAGCAAAGCUCCGAUACUCCGGAACGCUACGUAAUUUAGAGUUGAUCAGCGAGGAGAUCCAUGCUCGCCGCACUCAAGGACCUCUCAUGACCCUUCGCGCUCCUCCGCUUGGAGCUGAAGCCCCUUACUCCAUGCAAGAUGGAGAAGGGGGUCCGUCGGCCGAUACAAUAUCUCUUCUCAGCCUGCAGACCAUUGCAUCUGAUCUUCAGAAGAGCGAUUCCGUAGAACACUUGAGGGGCUUGGGGGACGUAACUAGUCUCGACGGGAGGGUAGAAGAUGAAGAGAAUGAUGGGGCAGGUAGGGAGAGAGCAGGUGAGAGAGGGGGAGGUGGGGCAUUUAGACAUCACAGGAGUGUUAGUCUGUGAGAGAAUAAAUUAGGUACAGAGACGUAUCAGUCUAUGAAAGGACUUUGUUAGAUUUUAGAGCGAUCAGGGAUAACCAGGGCUUGCUAGAGACAUCAGAGGAUAGGUGAGGUUGUCCAAUUGCCCUGGGUGAGAGCAGAAUUAACUUCAUGACAAUUUAGCUAAAGGCUUGGGGUUUUGGGGUAGAUAAGAAAGGGAGACGUCUUAUUACUUAAACAGCAGCCGCUGUGCUCCUGACUAUGUAAUAAGAAAGCUGCUGCCAUAAACUUCUAGGAGCUUCUGGAUGGGGCUAUAUAAUAAACCCCAUCUUGACUGGCAUAGGAUGGUCGGGGGCAUGCGCUAAUUGCUUACGGUCUAGGAGAGAGUUCUCAAUUUAUAAACCUCGCAAAUGCUCGAUUUCCUCGCAAAAACAGGCGGCCGUCCAGAGAGGACCCCUCUGUGCGGAGUAAUCGUCACGGGCCCCAAAUGUCAUGCCAAGGAAACCUGUCAGUAUUGGAGAGCCCCAAAGAGACCCUACUUUCUAGAUUAUCUUAACCAUGUUUUGUAGCCGAAGAUGACGACAUUGGCCCAAGUACACGCAGAAGGAGAAGACAAGGAGAUGUUCCGGUCCUGGCGACAGGGUAGGGACAGACCGGAGAUGUCUCGCUGCUAUGAGAACGUUGUCUGUUUGAUGCAGCGCUACAAACUGUCUCUUUAAACGUACCUCGGCGUGUCCUUGUCUGAAAAUUAGCGUAUGUGUAUAUAGAUGCGGGCGCUGGCUAAUGUAUAUAUUACUGUAUAGCACAGGCUGUGUAAAUAUACCCAAUAAAACAUAUAGUUCAAGGCAAAA